GGAAAGGGAAAGAAUGAGGUGGAUGAGAGAGGGAGUAACGGCUGCCCUCCCUGUCGUAUGAGAGCGGGAGGAUUUAGCGGGAGGCGCCGCGCGCUCCACCCCCACUCCCUCCUCACCUGAUUAAACAGAUUGAUCCAUCCCAUUAACUAUUCUAAUCAAAGCCAUCUUCUGACCCCGUCUUUCUUCCGCCCUCAUCUCCCUCUCCCUUCUCGCUAGCUCUCGAUCUGGAUCCCUCCCAACCACCUGCCUUCCACUUGUUUCUCCAAAGGGAUUCAGCUCGUGACUGCUAGCGAAGAACCACUCCAAUUCUUUUUUACCUUCCAUUUUUCUUUCGACAUUUUUUGAGCUCCAAUUCAUCCUUCGACCCCACAAUCUUGUAUUGCUCUUUUAUAUUUUUUUUUUGGUCCAUUUUUUUCUUUCCCCUCCUAAUUCAAUAAAAAAGCUUAGAUUCUUGGAGUCGUCGGAAUGUGGAAGAGCAGCGAGGAUGCAGAUUCGUAUUAUGAAGUCCGGUCUGGGUGCGAAGUACCCAAAACUCAGUUCAGGAUCAAGACCAGGAAAAGAACUCUCAGCGAACGAGCAUGGCGUGCAGCUUUUACAGAAGAAGGCUGUGUCCGGAUUGGUGAUACACUUGGACGAAUUCAUCGAUGGGGAGUCCAUCCAUCUAUCAGAGGAGAAGUUUGGGAAUUUCUUCUUGGUUGUUUUGAUCCAAAUAGCACAUAUGAGGAGAGAAAUCAGAUAAGGCAGCGCAGGAGGGAACAAUAUGCUAUAUGGAAAGAAGAAUGCCGAAAAAUGAAUGCUGUGAUUGGUAGUGGAAGAAUUAUUACUGCACCUAUAAUUACAGAAGAUGGUGUGCCUAUUCAGGAUCCCAUAGUACUUUUGGAAGCUAACCCAGACAAAGAUUUAUCCACGGUCCAACAUGAUAGAGGUGAUGUUCAAGGGGAGAAUGAUGAUAAUCAAGAAGAAAAAGAGAGUGCAGUACACGAUGACUUGAGUUCGAAUUCUGGUGCUUCUGGGUUGGAUAAAAUGGAGUCUGCUCCAAUGGACAAGAAAGAAAUUCAAUGGAAGCUUAACCUGCACCAGAUAGGUCUGGAUGUUGUUCGUACUGAUAGAACAUUAGUUUUCUAUGAGAAACAAGAAAAUUUGUCAAAGCUAUGGGAUAUUUUGGCUGUUUAUGCAUGGAUAGAUAAGGACGUCGGUUAUUGCCAAGGGAUGAGCGAUCUUUGUUCUCCAAUGAUAGUUCUCCUUGAGGAUGAGGCUGAUGCAUUCUGGUGCUUUGAGCGUCUAAUGUGCAGACUGAGACGAAACUUCAGAUGCACGGAAAGUUCAGUGGGAGUGGAGCAACAGCUUCAUAGUCUUGCAUCAAUAACUCAAGUUGUUGAUCCAAAGCUCCAUCAGCAUUUAGAAACACUUGGUGGUGGAGACUACCUAUUUGCAUUCCGCAUGCUGAUGGUACUAUUUCGAAGAGAGUUUUCAUUUGGGGACUCAUUGUUUCUUUGGGAGAUGAUGUGGGCUUUGGAGUAUGAUCCUAAUAUGUUCUCCAUGUACGAAGAGCCUGGGUUGACUGAUGAAAAAAGUGAAGAGGCUAAAGCAAAAAUGAAGUCAAGAAGGCAGUUCGGAAAGUUUGAAAGAGAAAAUAUGAGAAAUGGAAUGAAGGACCUGGAGCCUACCCCCAUCUCUGUCUUCCUUGUUGCAAGUAUUCUCAAGGGCAAUAGUGCAAAGCUUUUGCAGGAGGCACGUGGCCUGGAUGAUGUUGUAAAGAUUUUGAAUGAUCUUACUGGAAACUUGGAUGCAAGAAAAGCAUGCAGCACCGCUAUGAAGCUGCACAAGUCAUACCUAAGGAAGGCUAAGAAGAGUAAUUCUGCCCCGGCAUAAAUAUUCCGACAGACUGGAUCUCAGCAGAAUAAUCAUCUUGUUUUGCUUGGCUAAAAACCACAAUUACCUUACGACAAAUCUUGACAUCGAGAGCAUACUUCAAAAAAAGGGAGGGAAAAAACCAAACAUUAAAAAAAAGGGUGAGAACCACAGCUGCCAAGCUGGCGAAAUAAUUUAUAUUGGCUAAGUUUCAUGAUUUAUUGAGACGAAGAAGCUUAUGUUCGGUUGGUCCUUCCCGUGGAUAAUCCUUUGAAUAAAGCAAGACGGACUGAAGCUUAUGCAUGACCGAGGCAUUUGGUUUUCUACGGAUCGGCGUUCCCAGAGCUGUUCUGUACAUCUUAUGUUUGUUAUACCAGUUCGGUUGCCAAAAUUUUGGCAGGGCUUGUUGUAUAUUAAUAAAACGUAUCAUCAUUUCGAAAUGAAGUUACAUUUUCUGUAA